AUGCCCCGACUUUCUCAAUUUUUGGUCGCAAUUUCCGUAUCAGUACUGGCGUGCUUGAGUGAAUCUUUCGCCCCGACCCAUCGCUAUCCCGUUUCUUUCCCAACCCAAUCGACUGCACGGCGGCUGCAGAUAUUGAGCAUGGCAGGCGAUGGUACGCCGGAAGGAGAACCGGAGAACAAAAAGGCAGAACCGACGUCGGGAACAUACUACGAUGACGAGGUUGAACCGGCCCCGAAGGUGGGAAUUUCUAAUUCCAUGAAAGAACGACUCAUGCGUGAGGCUUCUUCGGGCUUGGACUCCGAAAAAAAGCAAACUAAUGUUUUGCUCUACGUCAUUUUAGGCGUUGCGGUUCUCGUCUUUCUGGGUGGACAAGGCAUUCUUUUCUAA